ACCAAAUCAAGAUGAAAUACCAAACAUACCCCUAAACCUUCUCAAAAACACACACUCCCUUUUCUUUCACUAUGAGCCUUCCUCCCACUCUUCAUCAUGAUGCCACCGACAUUCAUCUUUCUCCUCUUUACAGCUGCAACAGUUGCCGCUGCCGCACAUUUCCCAGUAUCCGGUGAUAUUCCCACCUUUCGCGAAGCUCAAGCAUUCCGCAACGGAAGGGAAUGCCGUCGCGCCGCGUGGUCUGCCGUUGGCGCCGACCAUAACCCCGCCGUAAUUCACAUCGCCAUGACGCUUGAUGCGACCUACCUCCGCGGCUCCGUUGCCGGCGUCUUCUCUGUCCUCCAACAUGCGUCAUGUCCAGAAAACAUAGUCUUCCAUUUCAUUGCGACCAGGAUGAUUGGGAGCAGCAGUCAAGGUUCAGGGAGUUCAAGUAGGUCACGUUCACAUGGAACAUGGGCGAAGACCACCAAUCGCAUCAGAACAGGGAAGCCUCAUCAAUGGUAUGGAUGCGGGAUGCGCCCUGUUCUUCGUUGGUCUGGUAUAGACGCCAAUCCCGAGCGAUCUUUUUUGGUUGUCCAAACAGCAAUGUAUCGUUGCAAACCGCAGGGAAGAUAUGGUGCGGACUUUUCGUAUGGACAGAUGAGGAGGAUGAAGUCAUGCUGCAGUAUCAUUUUCAGCAUUGUUACCAGCAUCAUUUUCAAUAUCAUUAGCAACAUCAUGUCCAUCAUUGCUAGCAGUAUCCCCAUUAUGUGCAUCAGCACCAACAUUGGCAGUAUCACCAGUAUUUACAACAGCAGUAGCUUCAGCAGCAACAACUUCAACAAUGGCUUCAUCGUCAGCCUUUCUAUGACUACAACUCCUUUUAAUGUAGCCUUUUGUUCCACAAUAGUUCACGGGGAUCGCCGCGCACUGGACCAGCCACUCAACUACGCCCGAAUCUACCUUGCCGACCUCCUUCCGGCCACUGUACGGCGAAUCAUUUACUUCGACUCCGACCUAAUCGUCGUCGAUGACGUGGCGAAGCUCUGGAACAUCGAUCUCGGUACGCACGUGCUCGGAGCACCAGAGUAUUGCCACGCGAACUUCACUAACUACUUUACGCGCCGAUUUUGGUCGAAUCCUAGCUAUGCGGCGUCGUUUAAGGGACGCGACGCGUGUUAUUUCAACACAGGUGUUAUGGUCAUAGAUCUCCUGAAGUGGAGGGAUGGAAGAUACACUGAGAAGCUUGAGAACUGGAUGAGGAUCCAGAAACGAAACCGGAUCUACGAGCUUGGAUCAUUGCCGCCGUUCUUGCUUGUGUUCGCCGGCGACGUUGAGAGAGUGGAGCACCGGUGGAACCAGCACGGCCUCGGCGGUGAUAAUCUUGAAGGGCUUUGCCGUGACCUUCACCCUGGUCCGGUGAGUUUGCUGCAUUGGAGUGGAAAAGGGAAGCCAUGGCUAAGAAUCGAUUCCAAGAAACCGUGUCCGCUGGAUAGUCUUUGGGCGCCGUACGAUCUGUUUCGGCACUCUUCGUCGGUGUCAUCGGUUUUCACCGAUAGCUAGUUGUUACGGCAUGUUUGAUUUUCCGUUUAAUUUAAGAAAAUUGAAGUUGUUGAAGAUAAUUUCGUGCAAUUGCUUUUUCUAAACGGGGAAUCAAACAAGCUGCGCUAAUACUUUUUAUUAUUAUCAUUUUUUUUUAUCACCGUUGCGGUGGGAGGGUGGUCACGUGACAGUGGUGGACACGCGCGUGUAGUGGAAAAUAAUGUGUCUGUGUACUGUGUACGGUACGGAUAAUGUCUGACACGUGUCUUUUUUGGAUGGUAUACGGUGAUGUAGAACGGGGUUUUGCCGUUUUGGGUUGCCGGUUGCAUUGGGGUAUUGUGUAUAGUAGAAUCAUAGAUUGAUAAGGUAGAUGGUUAGUGUGCAGUCUACAGCGUCAGUGUGUGGUUGAGGGGGGUUAAUGGUAGAUAGGUUUUUCAUUUGGAUAAUUGUAGUACCUCACUGAUGCUGUAUUAUGUGACUCGGCGGAUUCUUCAAUAUUGUUGAAAACCGGAAAUUGUUCAUUCUUUA